AAGAAAUAUCAGCAUCACCGUGUAUCAGCUUACCUAAAAACAGAAGCCUGACCGCAACCGAGUAUUCACUUGUACCGCGCACAGCACGGUUGGAAUUAUUCCACAAGGGAUUUGCGGACAUGGACUACGCUGAUCUUCGAUAUACUCCGCGCCCCAAAGGGUCUGGAGGUUUGGAUUAAUAGAAUUUCAUCUCAAUCAGCAUGAGAAGAUCCGACAGCAGUGACUCAACUGCUACAUACUCAUCGGACAGUAUCUCACCACCCAGCCCGCUGCAAGUAUUCAACAUGACGAUCUCCGACAUAUUCGUGUGGCAAACCAUGCUACACUGGCUGCCCAGUUUGCUUUGGACAAUGAGUAUCGGGAUGAGACGUUCAUGCCUUCAGUCAUCACUUCAGAAUCGUGCAGUCCACGAGGCAAUUCAGCGAGCCGAAGGUCGCCAAAAGGAGUUUCCCGAAAGGGUAGGAGUGCAGGAUGUUCUCACCAAGCAGCUUCGCCAUAUGUUCAGCCAGCACGGCGUCAAUUUUCCUCCCGUCAGCGUGAUAGUUCAAAAGGCUGCCCAUCAGCUCCUCCUUCACCUAAAGGGCUUCGAUGUCCUUCAGCGAUGCUGUCUCGUCGUUGCCGUGGUGCUUGAGAGUGCCCCUGUUCAAGCAAAGCUGGAACAAGCGUCGAGUCAGCAAAUCAAUUCCAGCGAGGAGAAGAAAGAAACACACGCUCUCAUCCUGAGCCUUCAGCCGGGCCGCCGACCUAAAGAGACACAGGCAAACUCAUCUUUUAGGCAACAUGAAGAAGAAGUAUCGGUGCGACUAAUGAAAUGUCUGCGGCACCAAGAGGCGUUUGUACGGGACGAUCACUUUGGCCACCAUCUGCGAAGCUUCCACAGGGACGACCUGACACGACGCGGCAGGCAAGAGGAGCAGGACUGGUGGCUGACACUUGCGAAGAGCGCCGUGAUGAGCGGGUGGUGGCGCUGCAACAAGCGUCUUUUAAGGAAAGUAAAGAUCCAGACAGCAUGGGUGGGCGUGCCCUACAUGUUCAACACAUUGCGAGACACAGAGGAGGCAGUUCGGCAGUCGGUGAUGAGUCAAAAUAGUAAUUAAUUGAAUCAGGGUGCUAGAUGAGGGUGAAUGAGAGUAGGUAGAUACGGGCCAUAGGCUCAACAUAAAAUAGUUCUCAGACACCGGUACGAUGCUGGAUCCUCAGCUCAAACAAUGCCCGGUAUAUAUUAAAGC